CAGCCCCAAUCCACCUCUGCUUAAUGUGCUCCCUGGCUGAACGGCGUGAUGCCGGCUUGUGCGCCGACCAAUUCACGUCUGUCGCUGAUAUGGUGUUGACUGGGUGCUACGGGUUUAAAUAUCUGAAUAACAUAAGCAGGUGGUUGGUCCAGAAAGAUCGCCCGGCGGCAUCGCUUGUCAGGACGGCAGAUUGCACCGCUGGAGCACCCGGGAUGCGGGCUGCAUGUUAGUUGUUAGCUAGCAGUAAAGCGAGGGCUGGGGAGCUGCCGGCCAAAGGCGGCGAUCAUCCACCUGGAAGCAGCUAGCGGCUUAAUUUCGCUUCUUUGUUAUUAGCGCUUAGCUGCUUUAGCCGUAGCCUGGGUGUCGAGCAUAGAGCGAUGAGUUCGUUCGGGCUGGACCGCUUUCGCUACGGAAAGGACAAGGCAAGGAUAAAAAAGGAGUCCCCUCCGAGGCGGGGGCAAAUCGGAUCAGUUAGUCCCGAUUCGGAAAAGGAGAAUCUGACCGUUACGGUCAUCCCAGAGACCCCCGAGUUCAAAUGUCCAUCAGGGUCCAAAUUGGGGAAGCGUGAGGACUGUGUGGUGCUGGAGUCAGACUCGGAUGAUGAUGUCUUCGGAGCAUCAGUGAUGAGUGGGAGGCUGAGCACGACGCCGAGGGGAGUUAUCGUGCUGUCGGAUGAGGAAGACUCCACAGAGGGGGUAACAGAGCAGAGGCUGGCCAAGCUGCAGGAACUCUUUCCUCACAUAGACAGGAAGGAGCUGCUGGAGGUGAUCAAGGAGACAAGCACCCUGGAUGGAGCAGUGGCCUGCUGUACACUGAGAUUUCGGGAUGAAGAGCCGAGCCGCAAGAGAAAGCUGAGUGGCUCAGAUGCAGAGGAGAGAAAUUCUCAGGUCACUAAGAAGAGGAAGGAUUCUGUGACAGAUGACUCUGCAGAAGAGGGUCCAGAGCCGAGCUGGAAAGAUCAGGAACAGAUGGUGAGGAGACUUCAGAGGAGGUUCCCCAGCCUUGACAAAGAGGAAUUGAGAGAUGUGCUCCAGGAACACGACUGGCUCUAUGAAGACACCAUGGAGGCUCUUCGCAUGUUUUCUGAAGCAGUUGACUCCGCCUCAUCUGAUGUCCUGGAGAAUACGCCCGAAAACGACGUCGCUCCCCGAACCCACAGCCCCGUGUGUCAGAGGAGACAUUCAGGCUCAGAGACGGACUCCAGGGGCACCAGGCAGAAGAGCAGAGGUAGCCCUCCGAGUAGGGGGACCGCGGAGCCCCGAGGGACGCGGCCGGACAGGACCGGGGCGACGUCUUCGUCAGCCUUACACAGGCACCCAGUCAGGGCUAAGAAGGCAAAGGCUAAAGCAGAGGGGAAGAGUGACGUGCACCGCCCUCUGGAGGUGGACAGCGGGUCAGAUGGCGAGGGCUCCAUCGGCAGCGAGUUUGGGGGCUCCUCUGGGCAGUCGGACUCAGACCGGGAGGACAAUGUGAACCCCAAACUGAAGGCCCAGAUCCUGGAGUUCUUCCAAGAGGCCUCUGUAGAUGAGCUGUCCCUCAUUGCUGGCUGCUCAGUGAAGAAGGCCCAGAAGAUCGUGGAGCUGCGGCCCUUUAAGACCUGGGAGGAUCUGUAUGGGACUUUCCACAAGGGGAACGGCCUGUCGCCAGAGCUGGUAUGGGGGUGCCGCAUGGUGCUGAAGGAGAGGGAGGUGGUCCUGGGUCUGAUGAGCAAGUGCGAGAAGAUCUCCCAGAAGAUGGUGCACGAUGUGACGAAGGUCAUCAAGAGGGGCGCCGGUGCCAUCGAGCAGCCCAGCAUCCUCAACAGCAGGUUGGAGCUGAAGCCGUACCAGCUGAUCGGGCUGAACUGGCUGGUCAUGCUGCAUCAGAACCAGCUGAGCGGAAUCCUGGCGGACGAGAUGGGUUUGGGAAAGACCAUCCAGGCCAUCUCUUUCCUGGCCAGCUUGUACCAAGAGGGAAACGCUGGCCCUCACCUCAUCACCGUGCCAUCCUCCACUCUGGAUAACUGGGUUCGGGAGCUCAAACUGUGGUGCCCCAGCUUGAAGGUGCUGGUUUACUAUGGCUCCGCCGAUGAUCGCAGGUACCUUCGCCACAGCAUCCUCAACAAGCAGGUGGACUUCAGCAUCAUCGUGUCCACGUACAAUCUGACGAUUGGGAAUGACAGCGACCGCAGUCUGUUCCGCAAGCUGAAGCUGCAGUACGCUAUAUUCGACGAGGGACACAUGCUGAAGAACAUGAAUUCCUUGCGCUAUCGCUACCUCAUGGCCAUCAAUGCCAAGCACCGCCUGCUGCUCACAGGCACCCCCUUACAGAACAACCUCCUGGAGCUCAUGUCUCUUCUCAACUUCAUUAUGCCCACCAUGUUCUCCAGCAGCACAUCACAGAUUGCCAAGAUGUUCUCUAUGAAAUCAUCCGAGGAGCAGAGCAGCUUUGAGAGGGACCGGAUCGCUCAGGCCAAGCUCAUCAUGAAGCCAUUCAUCCUUCGGCGAGUAAAGAGUGAGGUCUUGAAGCAGCUGCCUGAAAAGGAGGAGCGAGUUGAGUUCUGCCCCAUGAGUGAAAGGCAGGCUCGUCUGUACGACGCCCUCUUUCGAAAACUGAAGGGCUCUGCCUCUGGAGAAAAGCGGGACCUCUGCAACGUGAUGAUGCAGCUGAGGAAGAUGGCCAACCACCCACUGCUUCACCGGCAGCACUACACCCGCGAGAGGCUGGCUGCCAUGAGCCAGCUCAUGCUGAAGGAGCCGACGCACCGUGACGCAGACCCGGCGCUGAUUCAGGAGGACAUGGAGGUGAUGUCAGACUUCGAGCUGCACUGCCUCUGCUCGCAGUAUUCCACCCUGCACGGCUUCCAGCUGCAGAGCAACCAGCUGCUCGACUCGGGCAAGUUCGCCGUGCUCACCGAGCUGCUGGUCACCCUCAAGGACAAGGGUGACCGUGUGGUGCUCUUCAGCCAGUUCACCAUGAUGCUGGACAUUGUGGAGGUCCUGCUGAAACACCUGAACCACCGCUACCUGCGGCUGGAUGGCUCCACACCCAUGGCUGACAGGAUUGGCCUCAUCGAUGAGUUUAAUACUGACCCGGACAUCUUCGUGUUCCUGCUGUCCACGAGGGCGGGGGGGCUGGGCAUCAACCUCACUUCCGCCAAUGUGGUCAUUUUACACGACAUCGACUGUAACCCCUACAACGACAAGCAGGCGGAGGACCGCUGCCACCGUGUGGGCCAGACCAGGACGGUGAAGGUGAUAAAGCUGGUCUCUAAGGACUCCAUCGAGGAUUGCAUGCUGCGCGUCGGCCAGAAGAAGCUGAAGCUGGAGCAGGAUAUGACUGCCACAGAGGGAGGAGAUGAGGACUCCAUGCCCGAGGACAUGGCUUCCCUCUUGAAGGCUUCUUUGGGACUGUGAGCUCCCUCACAGACUAUAAAUUGGGGGAAAUCCGUGUCACUGUCCUGUUCUCUCUACUAAUGGGUUUGGAGCCAGCCAAUGAACAUUAAAAGCUCCUGUCAGGAGCUGGGACCUGUGUGUGAGCCACUGUCCUAGGUGCUGGAUGCUGAACAGCCCUGCCAGCCCACCAGGGUGCGUCGGACCACAAGACCUUUUUUUAUGUUCUGCUUGUUAAUGUGAUAUUGACGUUGGACGCUGUUCUCGGUGCCUUAUGUGUUGUGUUGGGAUUUUAUUUUGUUUUGGUUUGUUUACUGCUAAAAUGUAAAGCUGUAUUGAAAACUGUUGACAAACUAGUGUAAAAAGCAAUUGUUUUCAUAGCACUGAUAAUUGACAGAAAGAUUAAAUGGGAUGAACUCACUGGAAGACAGUGUAAGUGUCUAAAGAUAUGGUUAAAUAAAUAAAAAAAUUCGGGAUGGAUGUGCUUAA